AUGUUGACUGUGAGAACCAAAGCUAAUGUGGAAAUCCAGUUCAACGGGGCAAGUAGUGUGUUCCUACGGGUGGGUCCAGAGUAUCAGAAUCAGCUGUGUGGCAUGUGUGGCAACUUCAACGGUGAUGCUUCUGAUGAUAAACUUUUACCAUCUGGAGACAAAGCUCUGAAUGAUGCACAGUUUGGAAAUGCUUGGAUAUCAAACACCAGCUCUGCACGCUGUAAAAACAACACCAAAGACCUUGUUCCUUGCCCAAAUCAACACAAGUACAAACAAAUGUGUGCAAUCUUAAUUAACGUCUCAGGGCCUUUCUCUGAAUGUCACUGGCUCAACAACCCAGACUUGUAUUAUGAAUCCUGUGUCUAUGAUUUAUGCCAGUACGGAUUGGGCAAUCGCAUGUUCUGUAUGGCCAUUGAAGCUUACGAUGAAAUGUGCACCAUUACUGGGGUGAAGGUGAUGGACUGGCGGCAGGCAACAGGAUGCAGCAUCACCUGUCCAGUUAACCAGUAUUAUGACUUUUGUGGCCCAGCUUGUCCUGCCACGUGUGCCAACCCCCAGGCCCCUGCCCUUUGCAAAAAAGCUUGCAUCUCAGGCUGCGUCUGCAGGGAAGGCUAUGUUCUGAAAGCUGGGGUCUGCAUACCUCUACAGCUCUGUGGCUGUGCCCUAAAUGGCCGCUAUUACCAGCUGGGAGAACAAGUGAUCCUGGGGGACACUUGUAACCAAAGAUGCAUCUGCAUGCAAGCUGCUCACCCAAUGGAAUGUCAAGGACAUGCCUGCAAAGCUCAGGAAAUGUGCAAAAUUGUGGAUGAUGUGAAUGGCCUUCUAAUGAAUCUGCCCAUCACCCUUGCAACGGGAAAACUCUAUGCUUAUUCUACUACCACCUUCCUCACUAUUGAGACUGAUGUGGGCCUCUCUGUUUCCUAUGAUUGGUCUCACCACAUGUCCGUUUCAGUUCCUGAAAUUUACUCAGGGUCUCUCUGUGGCCUUGGUGGAGAUUUCAACCAGAAUCACCACAAUGACUUCAGGUCUCCCAGCGGUUCAGUGAUUCAGGAUCCAGAGACUUUUGGCAACAGCUGGAAAGAUUCUGGCUCCCCAUUCCACUGUGCAGCUGUCGGGCCCUUACCAAAUUGCAGUGAAACUGAAUUGGCCCAAUACAGAUCUCUGGCUUAUUGUGGACUCAUUCAUGACAUGAAUGGGGCAUUUCAAGACUGCCAAGACCAAACGGAGGCUCAGCAUUAUGCAGAGCAUUGUGUGAAGAUCCUAUGCACAACACAGGGCAGCCACAAGAAGGGAGUAUUUGGCUGCCAUGCGUUGCCAGAUGGCACCUGUCAAAUUUCUGGAUUUCUUCACUACACCACCUUUGACGGGCAACCGUACAGCUUCCAAGGCACCUCUAUGUACGUCUUGGUGGAACUGUGCCCAAUGUCCAAGCUUUUACCUUCUUUCAGAGUUGAGGUGAAGAAUGAGAAGAUGCCUAACAGACUUUUUCCUGAGAUAUCGAUGAUCAAUGGUAUAGCUCAGCAACUUCCUGCCCAUUUGAAAAGCCAGAGGAUUGCCGUUUAUCAACAUGGAUUUUAUGUUGUUGUAACAACUGACUUUGGUUUAACCGUGAGUUAUGACCUGGCACACAGCCUCGUCGUAACCCUUUCUUCUGGAUACCAAGGGCAAGUAUGUGGAAUGUGUGGGAAUUUCAAGAGGGCCAAUGACGCCGAUUCUAGCAUGCAAAUCAGAUCCAUAUCAAAACACCCCUUGGACCUUGCUAGCUUCUGGAGUUCGUCAGCGAUCACAGGUAGCUUUGGGCCUCCUCUAUUUGUUAAGGAACAUCUCAUCCGAUCUAAAUCCAUGUGCUGGAUCAUCCAGAAUGCUGAUGGGCCAUUUUCUUCUUGCCAUUCUCUGGUCAGUCCCAAACCCUAUUUAACAAAUUGCAUUUUGGACGUUUAUGCAUCUGCCUGGGAUCCGGAGAUCUUGUGCCUUUCCAUUCAGACUUACGUAGCAGCCUGCCAGAGAGCCAAUGUCACCCUCAAGCCUUGGAGAAUUGGAUCUUUUUGUGAUCCAGAUUGCCCAGACAACAGUCAUUAUGAACUCUGCCAGCCACCCUGCGAGGGUUUUUGUGCUAGUGCCACAUUUGCACAUCUCUGCAACCCCCUGUGCUCUGAAGGAUGUGUCUGUGAUGCAGGAUACUUAUGGAGCGGGAACAAGUGCAUUCAGCACGAACGCUGUGGCUGUGAAUACAAUGGCCAUUAUUACGAUGUUGGAGACCACCUCUGGCUUUCUGACUGCACAAAAAGGUGCAGCUGUGAGAAUUCGUCGACCUUUCACUGCGUCCCAGCCAGUUGCAAUCCUGGCCAGCAAUGCGCAAUUCAGGAUGGAAAGCUGGGCUGUAAAAAUCAGCUGACCACUUGCACCAUUUCUGGAGACCCUCACUACUUCACAUUUGAUGGGGCUAUAGCCCAUUUCCAAGGCAGUUGCGCUUAUGAGAUCUCAAAGACACCCAACUCCUCCUUGGAUUUCUCCUUCCGGGUUGUGGCUACUAAUAAGAAUUUCCGGAAUCCCCGAGUAUCUUUUAUUUUCCGAGUGGAUAUUUGGCUUAGCUUCAAACAGUUCAGUUCUCACAUUGUUUUGGAAAAAGGAAAAGAUGUGAAGGUGAAUGGGAUACCAAUUGCUUUGCCAGCAAAACUAGAGCACUUAGCUAACAUCACAAAAAGAAGCCAGAUGGUAACCAUAAGAACCCAUCCCAGUUUGGAGGUCCAAUACAAUGGCCGCCAUGCUUUGUUUGUUCGUGUGGGUCCUGAAUAUUGGGGGAAGCUGACUGGGAUGUGUGGGAAUUUCAAUGGCUAUCGUGACGAUGACAAAGUCUUGCCUGAUGGGAAAAAAGCUAAAAACGAUGCUGAAUUUGGAAAUGCUUGGAUGUCCGACAUCAGUCCCCCAAAGUGCACUAAUGACACAGGUGCUUUUGCACCCUGCACAAAUCACCUAGAAUGGGAGCCGAAGUGUGGAAUCCUCACAGAUCAGUCUGGGCCUUUCUCAGAGUGCCACUGGCACGAGGAACCUGCUCCAUAUUACAAUUCCUGCAUUUUUGAUCUUUGCCAGUAUGGACAAGGACAUGACAUGCUGUGCGCGGCUAUAGAAACCUAUGAGGAGAUGUGCCAGACUCUCGGGGUGCAGGUGCCUAGCUGGAAGGAAGAGCUUGGAUGUGCUAUUACCUGCCCACCCAAUGCUUACUACGAUUUCUGUGGCACAGCCUGCCCGCUCACUUGUGCCAACCACACAGCUCUCAUCAAAUGCCCCAAUCCAUGCAUUCCUGGAUGCACCUGUCGGGAGGGGCAUGUCCUGAAUGAUGGUGCAUGCAUUCCCCUGGGACAGUGUGGCUGUCAGCACAACGGCCGUGACUAUCAGCUGGGAGAAGAGAUGGUCCUGCCAGAUGCUUGCAGCAAAAAGUGUUCUUGCAAACAACCUGGCCAUCCUCUGGAGUGCCAGGAGCUUACCUGUGGGCCUCAGGAGAUAUGCAAAACCGUGGAUGGCAUUUGGGACUGUUAUCCUGUGUCGUACAGCACUAUGUGGGUAUUUGGCUACUUUCAUGUUAUCAUGUUCAGUGGGGCGGCCUUUAGUUAUCAAGGAGCAUGCACGUACAUCCUCACUCAAUAUUGUGGCCCUCCCAGCAAGCUACCUGCCUUCACCAUUCGCAUAGUAAACGGGCACAGAUACUCCAUUGCAGCCUCUUGGACUAGGCAACUUACGCUGGAUGUCUACGGGGAACACAUCAUUGUAAAAGAAGGACAGGAAGGCAAAGUGCAGGUCAAUGGUUUCUGGAUGAAUCUGCCUGUCAUCCUGGCUUCCGGGAAGCUCCAUGCUCAUUACAGCGGAUCGUCCCUCAUCAUUCAAACUGAGUUUGGUCUCUCCAUCUCCUACGACUGGUCUUACUAUGUGUCCAUUUCUGUUCCUGAGACUUAUUCUGGCUUCCUCUGUGGUCUGGGUGGAGAUUUCAGUGAGAACCAUCAGCAGGACUUCAGGACUCCCAAUGGCUCUGUAGUUCACGAUAGAAACAUUUUUGGUAACAGCUGGAAGAAAACGGAUUCCCCUUCUUUCUGUGCAGUGGUGGAAGUUUCAGCCACCUGCAGUGAAAUUCAACUAGCCCUCUUCAGGUCUCAGAAUUACUGUGGGAUGAUCAGUGACAGAGAUGGGCCGUUUAAAGAAUGUGGCAACCUUGUGAGUUUUCAAAACCACACUGAAAACUGUGUAACGGACCUUUGCAUAAAUCAGGGGGCUCAUAAGACCCUGUGUAAAGCUCUCCAAAGCUAUGCUUGGCAAUGUCAGGUUCGUGGCAUCAGCAUUCAGCCUUGGAGGGGAAUUACGGAGUGCGAGUUGACCUGCCCACCAAAUAGUUAUUACGAGCUUUGUGGCUCCCCCUGCCCUGUUUCUUGCACCCAACCUGCUGGACCUCCAAGUUGCUUCCAGAGCAUGUGUGUAGAGGGAUGCCAGUGUGAAGCGGGGUUUGUGCUGAGUGGCACGGACUGUGUUCCGUGGGAGCAGUGUGGCUGCAGCUACAACGGACGGUAUUACUUGAAAGGGGAAACAUUCUUCCUGGAAGGAGAAAACUGUCAAAGAAAGUAUUACUGUGAUGGCUCCAUCUCUGCCCUUGAAGCUAAUGGGUCCUUCUGUGGACCUGAACAAUUCUGUGGCACUCGGAAGGGAGUAUUUGGCUGCCAUGCAUUGCCAGAUGGCAUCUGUCGAGUUUCUAAAUUUCUCCACUAUACCACCUUUGAUGGGCAGCAGUAUAACUUCCAAAGUAUCUCCAAAUAUGUCUUGGUGGAACUGUGUCCAACAUCCAAGUCUUUACCUUCUUUCAGGGUUGAGGUGAAGCAUGAGAAGCUGCUUAGCAGCCCUUUAUCUGGACUAUCAGAGGUUAUUGUAUCAGUGAACAAUACUCAGGUAUACCUGCAGAGAGAACAUCAAGGAACACUCAAGAUUGAUGGAGGGAUAGUAAACCUUCCCGUUCAAAUCCAGGCUUUAGGAAUCACCAUUUAUCAACAUGGCUUGUAUACUGUUUUAAAAACAGAGUUUGGUUUAAUAGUAAAUUACGACCCGGGUCACAAUCUCUUUGUUAAGCUUUCCCCUGAAUACCGGGGCCUGACUUGUGGUCUAUGUGGGAACUUCAAUGAACUCAUGGAGGAUGACUUUAUGAUGAGAAAUGGCUCGUCUACAGAGGACAUACUGGACUUUGUCCUGAACUGGACAUCAGAAACUAAUCUUGCUGAUACUGGUGAAUCAGUUGCCUUUAUCCCAGUGUUGGAACAAGGAGAACAUCUCACUCAGUUUGAAUCGCUGUGCUGGAUCAUCCAGGAUCCAGAUGGGCCAUUUGGUUCUUGCCAUCUCCAAGUUGACCCCCUGUCCUUCUUCACAGACUGCAUUUUUGACCUUUAUGCCUCUUCUGGAGACCAUGGCAUCCUAUGCCACUCCAUUCAGAUAUAUGUUGCAACUUGUCAGAGAGCCAAUGUCACCAUCUCACCUUGGAGGAGGGGAGACUUCUGUGGCCUUGAUUGCCAGAGCAACAGUCACUAUGAACUCUGUGGGCCUCCCUGCCAGGAUGUUUGCUCGCAUGUUUGGGUCCAGCUUCACUGCCUUCCCACGUGCUCUGAGGGAUGCUUCUGUGACCACGGGUAUUUGUGCAGCGGGGAGAGUUGCAUUCCAGAACAACAGUGUGGCUGCAUAUACAAUGGGCUGAAUUAUAAGAUUGGGGACCGGGUCUGGCUGCCUGGUUGCCAUGAGCAGUGCAGUUGUUAUGGCCCCUCUGACUUCCGCUGCGUUGCUGCCAGUUGUAAUCCUGGACAGACAUGUACCCUGAAGGAUGGGAAACUAGGCUGUCACUCUCCGUGGGGAACCUGCACAGUGACCGGGGACCCUCAUUACUUCACUUUUGAUGGGUCGGUGGCACAUUUCCAAGGCACCUGUGCCUACGAGAUCUCAAAGCUCUGCAAUGCCUCCUCUCCGUUCUUCUUCCGGAUUAUGGCCCAGAAUCAACAUCGGGGAAACUCUCUGGUGUCUUUUGUAACUCGAGUGGAAAUUUGGUUGAAGAGCAGCAUGCUCAGCUUCCUUAUCGUCCUAAAGACUGGUCUGAUUGUAGAGGUCAACCAGGAAAUGGUGGAACUGCCCCAUACCUUGGAACUCACGGGCUUCAUUUCCAAGAUAAAAAAUAUGGUGAUUGUAAAAUUAGCAGCAAAUGUAGAAAUCCAUUAUAAUGGCCAACAUACUCUGUUCAUCAGAGUGGGACCAGAAUACCAGGGGAAGCUGUGCGGAAUGUGUGGGAAUUUUAAUGGUGUUUCAGAGGAUGAUAAGGUGCUGCCCGAUGGAAGCAGAGCCCAGAAUGAUUUGCAUUUUGGCAAUGCCUGGAAAACAGAGACCAGCCCGGCAGGGUGUUUGGAUGACAAUUCCACCCUGGAGCCCUGUGAUGAAAAUCUGCAGGAAUACGGAAAGCUCUGCGGGAUUUUGGUCAGCCAAACGGGGCCUUUUGCCAAGUGCUCCUGGCACUUGGACCCUUCCCCGUUUUACUUGGCCUGCCUGUAUGAUUUAUGCCACUACGGGAGCCAUAACAACAUGCUGUGCAUCAGCCUUGCGGCUUAUGAGGAAAUGUGCUUCCUUGAAGGAAUUCAGACGCCAAGCUGGAGGGCUUCCAUCCAGUGCCAUUACCAGCUGACCUGCACGAACAGCAGAAGUAUGGUUGCUCUCUCCCGCUGCCUUCUUUUCACCGACGGAUUCCCUGCUGAAAGACUCCACUUGGCUGACCUCAGUUGCACGGGAUCCUUAGUUGGAGACCGACUUGUCUUCUACUUUGACACGGUGCAGAAAACCUGUGGGACCCAAAUGGAGGUAAAUUCUACCCAUGCUAUCUACACCAACGUAGUGCAGGGUCAUCUGGAGAACACCUAUGGCGGGAUGAUCAGCCGAGACCGGUUUCUUUUCCUGCGUUUCUCCUGUGCUUUCCCCCUAAACAUCAACCUCUCCAUGGCCUCUGUGAUUUAUCCCAUCCACGACAUCAUUAACAUGACCGUCUCCUCUGGCCAAGGCAACUACCAGGCCAUCAUGACCUUGUACCAAGAUCCCCAGUACAGCAAACCGUUUACCCAAAGCCCUAUUGUGCUCAUGGUCAACCACAGGGCCUAUGUGGGCAUCAAGAUUUUGGGAGCUGACCCUACGCAAUUUGUGGUCACCUUGUCCUCAUGUUGGGCCACGCCGGACAGAGAUCCUUCCUCCAGCAUUCAGUGGGAUCUCAUCACCAACCAGUGUCCCAACCCUCAAGAUGACACUGUCCGAGUUGAAGAGGAUGGAGUAUCUCUGUUGGGCCGCUUCUCCUUCAAUGUUUUCACCUUCAUCGCGGAUUCUGAAGAAGUUUUCCUACACUGUCGCAUCCGCCUCUGCAACUUCUGGAUGGCCAAAUGCACCGUGAACUGCCAUUCACCGGGCUCUGUGAUUGUAGGAAGGAAGCCUCCAUCAGCCAUCAUCUCGGCUGGCCCUUUCUUGAAAUACAGUAGCAACCUGAUAGAUCACGGACUUCAAGUUGGCCAAUAAAAACCGUAGCCCAUCGUCUUUCUAUUUCUAUUCCCCAGCACUUUAGCGUCUUGCUGGAUUCCCUGCUAGCUUCUUUUCCUGGGGACACGGCUGGAUGGAUGAAGAUGACAGAUAUGAGGCCCACCGUUCAGAGAGCAUAGUCUUGAUUGACUCAAGGAUAGAGAACGUUAUAACUCAGGGGGUGGAAACGUUCUGGGUGAUGCCAGGACAAGGGAGUCAUAU